GGGGCUUUUAUUUUUUUGAUGUUUUACAGAUGUUGCUGAUAAAUUGUGAUUGAAGUAGGGGUAUUUUUCUGAGCUUUCAAGUGUUGUCCACCUACCCGCUAUUUUUUUAUUUGUUUGUUUUUGUCGUUUUACGCAUGCUGCGAACAAUAUUUGACCUGACCGACUAGCUAGAGAAUUUUUAUGCUCGUGUUUAGUUCUCAAUCAUAUUUUACUUGGUGUAAUUAUCCUUCUCGCCUACACCAUUUACCUUCCCCUAUUCUGCUUUAGCUUUUAUUCCUAUUUUUCACUUGUUGUGGCCUGAGCCCUAUGGAUAGUCUCUUUUAGUCGACCGCGGAUUCAUGCACCGUGCACAUAUUCACUCACACAUCUCACAUAUGAAUUCCCCAUCACUGCACAUCGACGGAGUAACAAACAACAUUCCACAACCAACAAUGACAACCUCCGCCAUACUUUCGACUUCUCACACCGUGUUGCAAAAUUACACCUGUAAUAUCUGUCACGCUCUUUUCUCGACGGCUGCUGGUCUUACUCGGCAUACCGGAUACCACAAACGACAUCCCAACGAUCUACGUAUACGCGAUGCUCCGGUGACGUCAUGCCAACAAUGCAAUCGUCAAUUCGCCUCAGCAAGAGCGCUUACCACUCACUGCCGCCAGGCUCACCCCACUAUUUACCAAGACAUGCUGUCAUCCCGAACGGCCAUAUCCUCAGUACACUGGUCUGCGGAGGAAGAUGCUCAGUUAUUACUGCACGCAGCUCAUUUAGGCGAAUCUGUAUCUUCACUAGCACAGCUUCUGCCACUUUUACAAACUAAACUCCCCUUCCGAACGAUGACAGCAAUAAAGAAACGGCUCCAAUUUCUAAAAUGGAAACGCCCUCCAGGCCGCCGCCUUCAUCGCCACCAACCUCAACAGUCGUUAACACCCACAACGGGUGCAACCGAUAAUAUUACUGAGGACACAACCAGUAACCACAGUCCGGAGCAAAACACACCGAGCUUUCCUGUGAUAUCCCUAGCAUCCAAUGAGACCGCGUCACCCACUCCAGAGAAUCGAUCACAUCGCCCCUCUGCUCCAGUUGAGCCUUCCACCGGCUCAGCAUCCUCUCGUACAUCAUCCAGCUUAUCAUCUGCCUCUGACAGCAACAAAGAAUUGGAAGUAUUUUAUACUUGGAAAUAUUUUACUCGUCGCCAGCCAGCUAUUUCGCACCACCGCUGCCGUCCCGGAUCGCCCAACAACCCUUUUAUCACCAACGCCCCAGAUUUUAACCCCUCUAAUGACCCGAAUGCCAUUUUAUGCACGCCCAACCCGAUUAACCCCCCCUCACCCCAGCCGCGGAUAGGGGCCUAUGAACGGCCCGCGGCGCAGGCUCCCACCUGUUUCCCUUUAUCCCCUGCCCUGCAGAGUCAGAGCAGUGGAUUUGCUGGUUGCUCUUUCAACGAAUCAAACGGACCGGCCUCUGCCGACUCCAUAGCCAGCUCUCGGAACCGCGUCCACCCGUCACCCACACACUCACCCUUAUCACCCAUAGCCCUACCAUCGGGAUCACGACAACCAUGUGUACUACUUAAUCGCCUCCCUCAGUUGUUGCCAUCACCACGACGAAGAGUUUCUCCUGCUGAAGCUACUUUAUCAACAUGCAAAUCUCCCGCCUCCGAUCCGGCGAAGAUCUCUGACGUACCCCAGCCUCCCUCUUGUUCACUGUGCUCGAGGACGUUUAAAUCUAGGAGCGGCCUGCGGCGCCAUUUGGCGGCCCAUCUCAGGAACCCUACGAGUUUACUUACCACAGCCGCUGCCAGGAAUACUUCCAGUUUCGAAUGCCCAACAUGUCACCGUACGUUUUCGACUAAAAAUGGCCUGUCUCAGCAUUGGAGACAUCAGCAUCCUGUCAGUUACAAUGCAGACUGUCUAGCCCGACUACCGAGGCAAUCUUACAACUGGUCAGCCAGGGAUGACAAAUCCCUACUUUUAGCAGCCUCACGUUUUGCGGUUACGUCUCCUUCCUUAAGUAUCCUUUUAGAACGACUGAGGCGCGUCUUCCCCUUUCGCACCAGGGACGGUAUCAGAAAACGCUUGCAACGACUUAGAUGGUUCUUUCAUCAACACCACACAACGUCCACUUCCAGUGCAUUUCCGCAACCAUUGACUGAAACCAAACAUCCAAUCACGCUUCCAGAUGGAACCGUACGAGCUUCACCCUUCUCAACCAUAACGUCCGAUGAAUUCCAUCAACCUCAGCCUAUAUUAACUACUAACUUGGGUGUGUCUACACAAACCCCUCGAGAAUCGUACGAAGGCAAUCCUGCGGUGACCACCGCCUCCUCCGACGCUGAUUUGCGUUUCAAUGUACCAUCCCCCACUGCCUCGAUGGAUUAUUCAAUCUCGCCUCACUCAUCUGCAGCAUUAGUUCCAGAGGCAACAGUAUGCCCUCAGGAGCAGUCGUCUACCAUAAGUUUCUCUAGCGAAACUUCAGCUGGUAUUAUGGCCUCUCCGUCCACUACGUGCCCCAUGGCCAUUGCGGUACAGGAUCAACCAGAAGCUUCCAAUACUAAUUACGAAGCUUCCAUUGCGUCCGCGCCAACACCAGUAUUCCGCACUCUGCUGCUAGCUGCCCAACAGCUUCUUUGCAACUGCGCCUCUCCUGCCAAGGAGGAACACCGCAUACUUCGGAAUCUGGUGAAUUCAUUCGCUACUGAUGGAUCGAGGAUAGCAUUUAGUGAGGCCCUAAACGAUGUGUGUGCUACUCUCUUUCCACACAGAUGGAGGCCUUCGAAAAAACGUGUACAUACCGUUAAGAUUCGAAACAAUCAGCACCGGCGACGCCUACAAUAUGGCCAUAUUCAACGUCUUUAUCAUACCCGCCGGAAAGACGCUGCAAGUACGGUGAUUGACGGAAGAUGGCGCACUGCCUUUCUUAAUGAGGACGAGAAUAUUCCAGGUUUCACGGAAUAUUGGAAGAAUCUCCUCUCCAGACCUUCUGCUAAUGAUGAGCGCGCACCGCGUCGAUUCCUUCCAGCUAAUGAUGACUUGGUGAAGCCAAUUGCCCUGGAGGAGAUGCAAAGUGUUCUUAAACAGAUGCGGGGUUCGGCUCCCGGUGUAGACCGCAUCAAGCCAGCCGAUAUAUCAAAGAUGGAUCCCUACUUUGUAACUUCUUUUCUCAACUGUCUUCUUGCUUCCUACCCAUUUCCCAUCCACAUGAACACUGCUCGGAUCACCUUCGUACCAAAAGUUUCCCAGCCCAUAUCACCUGACCAAUUCCGUCCAAUCGCAGUUUCAUCUGUCUUCCCACGCCUUCUUCAUCGUAUCCUCUUUGAUCGUUGGGUUCCGACUUUCCCUACCGAUCGCCUUCAAUUUGGUUUUCUUCGUAAAGAUGGUGCUUUCGAAGCCCCGUCCAUACUCCAUGCUGCUCUUCGCCAUUCUCAUUCUUCUCGUACCCCCCUUUCAUUUGCGGCAGUGGAUAUCUCGAAGGCGUUCGAUUCCAUUUCUCAUCACUCCUUACUUCGAGCAGCAGCUGCUUUCGGAGCCCCCCCCGCUAUUAUUAGAUUACUUGGCAUCGUAUUACAGCUCCGCGUCUUCAAUCUUUAAUGAUGUCAAGCUUCAUCCUGAUAGAGGAGUCCGGCAAGGAGAUCCGCUUUCGCCUUUGCUCUUCAUAAUGUCCCUAGAUGAAGUUUUGCACGGAGUCGCCACUUCGCCUUGGAUAUCACCGGCUGGCCCGAUUGAGUACCUCGCUUACGCGGACGACGUGAUCAUCUUUGCUCAAGACCGCAUUUCUCUGGGAGAUCACCUUCAGCGAUUCCAUCAACGACUGCAGUGCGUCGGCCUCAACAUCAACCAUCUAAAAUCUUUCUCGGUAAAUAUAAUUGUUGAUGGCGCUCGCAAACGAACCAUACUGGAUACGAAUGCUUUGGAUUGUGGUCCUAUUUUUAUUCCCUCCAUUCAGCCCGAUGAAAAGUUCAAGAUGUUGGGCCUGCCUUUUAACUGGAAGGGUAAGCUCCCUCCAACAGUAAUCGACGAUGUUACUGUGCAACUUAACGAAGUUACCAAGGCACCGCUUAAACCACAACAACGACUUGAGAUUCUGAGGACCUAUCUGCUCCCCAAGCAUGUUCAUCAGUUAGCUCUGGCAGUGGUUCACCGGAAUACAUUGAAGCGGUUGGAUCGCAUUGUCAGAUCACACGUCAGAAAAUGGCUGCGCUUGCCGUCAGACACCUCCAUUGCAUAUCUUCACGCUCCUAUUGCGAGCUUUGGUUUGGGUAUUCCGUG